AUUGAAGUAGUGGUGGUCUACCUCCAUAAACUAUAUACCAGGCGCUUUAAAUAUGCAAUGCCUUUCCCCUUUCUGCUUUUUACUUCAAUAAAAACGAGAAAACCAUUUCAUUUCUCAAUCUAAUUUAAAUUUCUGGUUUUCCUUUUGGAAAGUCGUUUCGCCCCCAAGCAUUUAACCCCAGAAAAUCAGCUUCCCUUUACAAUUUUUCCUUUUUCUGUCUAAAAAAAUCAAAACUUUUCCUUCAGAGAUUCUGGAUUAAAGUGUGAUCAUUUAGAAAUGGAAAGAAUCAUCAUAUGAAACCCAGAAGCCCAUAGCUGCUGGCUUCUUGUUAUAUAAAGAAAACUAAACAAACACAAUUGAAAAUAAUUGGGAAUUGAGAGAGAGAGAGAGAGAAAUGGGGUUGGGCUUGAAGUGGUGCUGGUGGUGGUUGACGGUGACGGCGGUUGGAGUAGGAGUGGUGGUUACUUCUGAGACUAAGCAUGACAAUCUGGUCAGUCGUAUUGCUUUUGGAUCAUGUGCCAACCAAUCUGCUCCUCAGCCCAUAUGGGAUGCAAUCAUAAAGUUUGAUCCCCAAGUUUUCAUUUGGCUGGGUGAUAACAUUUAUGGAGACAUCAGGUUGCCUAAUAAGCUUUUUGGGAGGAAAAGAAAUAUUGGUCCAUGGAAGAAUACUGAAAGGUUUGUUCCUGCUAGCGAGCAGGAAAUGAAAUCCAAGUAUGAGGAAGCCAAGUCUAAUCCUGGUUAUUCUCGUCUUCGACUGAAGACUAAGGUCAUAGGCACAUGGGAUGACCAUGAUUAUGGAUUAAACGAUGCAGGAAAAGAAUUUGCUGGGAAAGUAACCAAUCAAAGGCUUAUGCUUGAUUUCUUAGAUGAGCCUCAAGAUAGUCCACGGCGCAAACAAGCUGGUGUAUAUGCAUCUUAUACAUUUGGCCCCACAGGUAGACAAAUCAAGGUUAUCCUAUUAGAUACUAGAUACCACCGAGAUCCUCUACGUAGUGACAGAACUAUUUUGGGGAGUUCACAGUGGACUUGGUUAGAGAAAGAGCUGUAUGGUUCACCAACAGCCGUUACUAUUAUUGGGUCAUCUGUACAGGUCAUAUCAAAUCUCUCAGCAACAACCGGGCCGUUUUUCUACAUGGAAUCAUGGGGACGUUUUCCAAAAGAGAGAGAUCGAUUAUUUAAACUGCUGGCAGAUAGUAAGAGGGGUGGAGUGUUUUUCAUUAGUGGAGAUGUUCAUUUUGGAGAAAUUACAAGAUAUGAUUGUGCCACUGGAUAUCCAUUGUAUGAUGUAACUGCAAGCGGAAUCACCCAAGCAGUUGAAAAGGUAGUUCCAACGCCGCUGCAUUUCUUAGUGAGAUUUCUGGCAUGGUUUACUCCUGCCACCUUGAGAGUAAUGGAUGGAAACUGCAGACGCAAGUCAUGCACAUAUGGCAUGCCUAAUUUUGGAGCAAUCGAGAUAGACUGGUAUGCAACUCCUGUGACAUUGAAAAUUCAAGUGAGGGAUACGGAUGGCGAUCCUGUGGUAGGUGUAACUGCACCAUUAUCGGAAUUGCAAGCAAGAAAUUUCAACUAUGUGACUAGCAAUAAAGCAGGAAAGCACCAAAGGCACUGCCAUCUUGAAAUCAAUCAACCAGGGAUUGUCAGAUAUCGCUUGGCUAUUUUAGCUUAUUGUUCUCUAUCCGUAUUGGUCCUCGCUAUGAUGGGUGUGAUUUGGCUUGCUACAUUAUGUUGCUGUCGAUGUUCCCGCCGCAAGAAAAAGCGCGAGUGACUGAUUGAUUGAUGGAUGAUGGUACUUUUGUUUGUUCGCUGCAGAGACUUUCAUCAGGGAAAGCCAGUUCUGACUUGCUAAUAUCUAGAACUGUAUUUACCAAAUAGCAAGUGCAUUAUGUCAGAUGUUCUAGUUCUGAUUAACAAAUUGUAGUGAAUUUUUGAUAGACUAUUGGAGACCUCAAGUAGUAGUGAACUUAUAUUAGGAUCUGCGUGAAA